CCGGAGCGCGCGGCCAUGGAGCCGGCGCGCGAGCCCCCCGCGCGGACCCGGCCGCCGCCCCCCGCCGCCCGGCCCGCGCCCCGCCGCGUCUCGGCCGCGCUCGCCCGCCGACGCCCGAAGCCCGCAGCCCCGAGGGGGCCGCUGCGGCGAUCCGGGUCGGGCUACGAGGGCAGCACCAGCUGGAAGGCGGCCCUGGAGGACACCACCACACGUCUCCUGCUGGGUGCCAUCGCUGUCCUCCUGUUCGCCAUCCUGGUGGUGAUGAGCAUCCUGGCAUCCAAAGGUUGCAUCAAGUGUGAGGCGCCGUGCCCCGAGGACUGGCUGCUAUACGGGCGGAAAUGCUACUUCUUCUCCGAGGAGCCACGGGACUGGAACACGGGCCGCCAGUACUGCCACAGCCACGAGGCAGCGCUGGCUGUGAUCCAGAGUGAGAAGGAGCUGGAAUUCAUGUUCAAGUUCACUCGGAGGGAGCCCUGGAUCGGCCUGCGCAGAGUGGGGGACGAGUUCCACUGGGUCAAUGGGGACCCAUUUGACCCAGACACGUUCCCUGUCUCGGGCCCUGGGGAAUGUGUCUUCGUGGAGCCCACCCGGCUGGUGUCCACCGAGUGCCUCAUGACCCGGCCUUGGGUGUGCAGCAAGAUGGCCUACACAUGAGGUGGGUCCUUCGAGGCGGCUUCAGCCAGGCUCGGGGACCCGCCCCCCUUCUUCCCAGCAGGGCCCCUUGUGGGGGGAGGCCCCGGGCUCCUUUCCUGGCCACAGGCAGGUCCUGUGGCUCAGCGGUCACCCCCACUUGCUCGGUAGUCUAGGAGCCUGUCCCUGACUCUCAAACACAAAGACACACACAUACAUGCCCGCUGUACCCCUGGUUGAGUGUCCAUAUGCCCCUCUUUCAUCAUAUCUGCAACCUUUCUUCCUCAUGUGACCUGAGAUGUGGAGGGAGGAUGGGGGUGCACCAACUGCAUUACCCCACUCCGGCCCCCUCUGCUCUCCUGGUUGCCGGGAACAGAGGAGAAGACCUCUGGCCACACCCCUCUGCCUUGCCUGGGGUUCUCGGCAGCCCCCUGCUAUGUCCCUGGUGCUCUGGGAGGGUUGCUGAUGGAAUAAAUACAUGACUGGUAUCUAGAGAAA